AAAGAAGGCCACGGCAACGAUGGGUAAAUUUACAACGAAGAACAUUCAACGAGAGAGCGAGUCAACUCACUGACCGCGUUCGGCAACUCAACGAGUCAAAACUCGGUUAUUUCUGUUUUUGAUUGGUUUCCCACAACCUCGCGACUACCAAGCGGUUUUCGCGCUCCAUAUCGCUUCGUUCUUCAGCCAAAUCCCAAAUCCCAAAUCCCAAUCCAUUUCUCUGCCUCACAGAGAAGGCUAGCUCUAAGAUGUCAUUGAAGGCGUCCAAUUCCGAGAAGAACUUGAUGUUGCCGGUGUCGGAUCCUCCACACGGCAGUGAGGAGAAAGAGCGAUUGAUCAGAGGCGAUGAGAAGCUCUUCAGAGGAUCCGCCAUGACCAAACGAGGAGCCUAUGCUGCUCUCUCUUACAUGGCUUGCGCAGUGCUAUUGAUUUUGUUCAACAAAGCAGCGCUUUCUUCUUAUAAUUUUCCAAGUGCAAACGUUGUUACACUUGUUCAGAUGGUAUGCUCAUGUUGUUUUCUAUAUGCAUUGAGACGUUGGAAAGUCAUAUCUUUUACAGUGGUUGAUUCAUUUUCUGAUAAUGCUGCUUCAAUGGUUCCAAUGAAGACAUUGAGGCAAACCAGUCCUCUUGCUGGGACGUACUUGCUUUACAUGCUAGCUACUAUGGAGUCUGUUCGUGGAGUAAAUGUUCCCAUGUACACUACCCUCAGGCGAACCACAGUUGUUUUCACAAUGGUUGUAGAGUAUCUUCUGGCAGGACAAAAGUAUACAUAUUCAGUUAUUGGAAGUGUUGGUUUGAUAGUUCUUGGUGCAUUUAUUGCUGGAGCUCGCGACUUGUCCUUUGACGUAUAUGGCUAUUCUAUUGUUUUCUUGUCGAACAUCACCACAGCAAUCUACCUUGCAACUAUUUCCCGCAUUGGAAAAUCAAGUGGUCUUAAUAGCUUUGGCCUCAUGUGGUGCAAUGGAAUAUUAUGCGCUCCAGCUCUACUUUUCUGGACAUUUAUACGGGGCGACUUGGAGGCAACUAUUAGCUUUCCUCAUCUUUUUUCACCUGGAUUUCUAAUGGUGAUGCUUGGUUCAUGCACACUGGCUUUCUUCUUGAACUAUAGUAUAUUUCUAAACACCACUCUAAAUUCAGCAGUGACACAAACUAUAUGCGGUAAUCUGAAGGAUUUCUUUACCAUUGGACUUGGGUGGAUGAUAUUUGGCGGCCUUCCUUUUGACCUGCUAAAUGUUAUUGGGCAACUUCUGGGUUUUGUUGGCUCUGGUUUGUAUGCCUAUUAUAAGCUCAUAGGGAAAUAAACCCUCUAAAUGGUCAGCCCAAUAAUACGAGAGGUUAGCUGAUUUCUUUUUUUGUGGGAGGGUUUUGUUCUCUGAGCAGGUGCUGAUCCAAUUUUCUCUUUUUAGGCACUAGCAUUUAUCUUUUUGUUUGAUUCAUUUUUGUUCUGAUUGACUUCCAUGGUAACCCAAUUUUUAGGGUGAAAAACGUCCUAAUUCCCUGAACAGUACUUGAGCCCAUUCUUAUUGGUGCAAUUCUACAAGACCCUCUUUUUUAUAUGUUAUAUAUGUAGAUUGCUAAUCAUCAUGGUGUUCA